AUGAAGACCAUCGCUGUUCUCUCUGCCAUGACGGCGCUCGUAAGCUCCCACGCAACGUGGCAGCAACUGUGGAGGAACGGCGAGGAUCUCGAGAGCACAUGUGCCAGGCUUCCACCGUCCAACAGCCCCAUUGAGGACUACACGAGCACUGCUCUGCAAUGCAAUGUUAACCCUGCUAAAGCAAGCGGAAAAUGCACCUAUGCGGCUGGGGAUUCAGUCUCAAUCGAAAUGCAUCAGCACAAUGACCGAGACUGCACUAAGGAAGGCAUUGGUGGCGCUCACUGGGGACCGGUCCUCGCAUAUAUGAGCAAAGUCGAAGACGCCGCUACUGCGGACGGUUCGAGCGAAUUCUUCAAGGUCUACCAAAAUGGCUGGAAGAAGAAUCCAGCUGCCAACCAGGGAGAUAACGACUUUUGGGGAACCAAGGACUUGAACUACAACUGCGGAAAGCUUGACUUCAAGAUUCCCUCAGGCAUCGCCCCGGGUGAUUACCUGCUGAGAGCUGAGGCUAUUGCCCUCCAUGCUGCCAGCGCUGCAGGUGGUGCUCAGCACUACGUAACCUGCUACCAGUUGACCGUUACUGGAAGCGGAACUCUCGUUCCCAAGGGUGUUAAAUUCCCCGAGGCUUACUCCAAGACUGGCCCCGGUCUUGGUUUCUCCAUCCAUGCUCCUCUGUCCGACUACCCUAUUCCCGGCCCUGAACUCAUUGCUGGCGGAACUGAGGCGGCUCCCCAGCUUCUUACUUUCGGCAAGAUCUCUGGUGCUCCUCCAGCCGCUUCUGGUGCUGCGUCUGCCGCGCCCGUUUCCUCUGCUGCACCCGCUUCAUCUGCUGCACCCGCUUCGUCUGCGGCCGCCGAAGUUGCUGCAUCCUCCCAGGUCCCUGCUUCCACUAGCGCAGUCGUCGAGGCAAAGUCAAGUGUCAUCGCCGCUUCUAGCCUUGCCACUCCUGUUGCCAGCUCCACUCAGGAAGUUUCCUCCCAGGCACCCACCGAGUCUGCCUCUGAGCCAGAGAGCACGGACGCCGCCUCUACACCUGUUCUUCCAACUGUGUCCGUCCCUUACCCUUCCGGUAACACGACAGCAAAGCCCACUGCCACUGGUGUACCUGUCUUGUCUAGCUCUACUCUGACGCCUCCUGUCGUCUCUGACAGCUACAGCGCCGCUCCAGGUCCUGCCAUUCCUACUACACUUGCCACACUUGUCCGUCCUAAGCCAACUGAGGCCGCCACCGGACCCAUCAAGGAGUAUUUCCAGUGUGGUGGUUCCAACUUCAAGGGUGCUACUACUUGCGCCGAGGGUCUUGAAUGCAGGCAGUGGAACCCCUACUACUCGCAGUGCGUCAAGCCAGAGGCCACCAAGCCCGGCCCUUCCAAGGGACCAAUGACUUCCUCAGCGGCUCCCUCCAAGACUGCUGCUACUUCAGUUGCAGCUGAGCCCACCAAGGUUGCUCCUGUCGACAGCGACCCGAAGCCCACCGCAACCGCAUCUGCGACUGCAUCCUCUGCGCCCGUGGCAUCGCAGCCACCCGUCGCAGAGGACCCGACCGAGAAGACCUACACUCUCAAGACCUUCAUUGCCUUCCUCGAGCAGGAGGCUGGUUCUGAGUCUGCGGCCAAGAUCCGUCGCAUGAUUGAGGCUCUUCAAAACUAA